AUGUCGUACUCCGACAUGCAGGAUCUCCACCGACUGGUUGAUGACGUGAUCGCAAAGAGCGAGGAUGCCAAUCUGUUGAACUUCCAGGAGUCUGCUUUUCAUUUUCUGGCGCUGAAGGAAAACAAGCUGAACCAUCCUGGAAUUUACCGUGACAAGAACAAAAGGGAGCUCUACAUGAAAAUCACUCCAGAGUUGAUGCAAAACUUCCUUAUCGCCCAGAAAUCCGACUGGGCUAAUCCGCAAAUUGCUCGAGGAAUCGCUUCUAUGGUCGACGACUUUGAGGAAAGUGGCUUGACGCAAGCACGUUCUGCAAUGCGUGCUUCGUUGAUUGCCCCUUCCUCGAAAAAAUCACCUAACAGCUCUCCGAAUACAAGCGACGCUCCGUCCUCCCCAGCCUCUUCGUCCGAUAAUGGUGCGACUGUGAUCAAUCCAUCUGCCGCGCUGAAAAAAUUCUCCAACCCUGGCUCCAAGUCCUCAUCCCAUGUCUCAAAUCCUGUUCUCGACUACGAAGACCAGAUCGCGGAUUAUAAUUCUGAACAGGACCUUGAAUUAGACGAUGCUGAUCUUCACAUCGAGGAAUUGGCCGAGCAGGUUCAAAAGCGGAUGAAAAUCAAAAGCUGGCUUUUCUCACUUGCCCGUCUGUACAAGAAUCAUAAGGAUGGAGGUAUCCGUUUCCAGGAGUUGAACGAUCAGUGCUAUAAAGUUUACGGGAUCGCCACUUUCGACGAGCUUGUUCAAAAUCUCGGAUAUCGGAAUGGAGAAGACGCGAUGCUGCACAUUGGCCAUCCCCAGCUCAAGAUCUGUAAACAUAAAACGACGGGCAAGGGCGUCACGAAAGAUGGCGAAUGGGUCAUCAUGGAGGAAGAAAAGUACCCCGGCAAAAAUUUGGACGUCGACACUCUCCCAGAAGAAGAGCUGCUCUCAGACCUUGGCAAGAACGAUCGUCUCGAGAUUUGCUGGACAUCCUCUCGAUUCAGGAAGCCGGAUAACUGGACUCCGAACCUCGCCAAAAAGAAAGCGACCCUUCCUGGAGUGGCGAUGUCUAUGAAGAUCAACCUCUUUUGGACUCCCUUCGCCAUGAACUUUCGGAAUUCUACGGACCGAACGGUUCACAAGAUCCUUCUGAGUAAGAAUGGAAGCUACUACCGACUGCAGCCUGGAUGUUUGAGGAUGGGACUUCCAAUUGUCGUCUGGAACAAGAACUACAACGAAUGGUGCCGUGCACACUGCGUCACCCCGACUGCCAACGACAAGGACCUUACCAUUUGCUACACCGAUUACGGCGAAAGCGAUCAAGUGAAGGUCCACGACUGCUUUUUCCUCCAUGAAUCUUUCACGAAGUAUCCCGAGCUGUCAAGAACCUGCAAGUUAUAUGGAGAAAAGCAGAAUUACUUUUCCCAGACUCAGCUAAAGGAAAAGACCUCCUGGGAAUUCUUCCAUUGCAAGAAUGAUGGAGCGACUCAAGCUACUUUCGACGGCGACAAGAAAGCCCUUACAUUCUCACAAUUCAAAAUCAACUUCAGCUUUGUUGAAAUGGGCGACAAAGAUGCCAUCGCCUUCGUCAUUCCUUACCAUCCGGUCCUCAAAAGUCAGUGGGACUCUCGGAAUUUCCUCACUCUACAAGAGGAAAUGAUCCAUAAGAAGCUAAUCAAGGCCAAUGUUGUCCAGCUUCAGCUAGCGAUUCGUGGAAAUCUCCAGGACAGUGUUUCAAAUCUUCCUGGUACCAAACCUCCGACGCGAAGACAACGAGGAACACGACCAAAGAUCACUGGACCUAAUAUGACGGCUCCUAGAGCAAAUCAGGCGACAGUCAGAGCCGAAGGAGAGCCGAUUACGUCUAAAAAUGGGGUCUCAAAUUUCACUCCAGCCACAUCUGCUAAAGAAAAAACCGGCGCCGACCCUUUGGCGCAAUCGACCAUCCCACUCGACAGCGUCAAAGAUGCUGAAGAGCUCCCAAUUAUGGGCUUCGACGAAAACGUUCCCAGAGCGCGUAACCCAAAAAUGAACUGGACCGCUGCUCAACGGGAACGGUCAAAGACUGCCGGACCAGCUGAAGCGCUGACUAGAGGAACUCUUCAACCUCCAAGCCAGAACGCACCGGCUAACAUCAAACAUCCAGCACAACGACUGGCUGAGUCGACUAACGGGUCCUUCCCCAACCCAUUUAUGUUCGACUAA